CCUCCUCUUCCCCUCCCACCCCCAUCCCCUCCAGGCGUGCGCCCCGAUCCUUCCCCGCUUGCGCGCCCCACGCCCGGCGUACGUCUCCGUCCCCCUCUCCCUUGCUCCUCCUCUCUUCCGCCUCCGACUCCGACUCCGACUCCGCCACGCCACCUCCCCUCCCCUCCCCUCCUCUUCCCCUCCUCUUCAGCCGUGCGCCCCCGAUCCCUCGCCACUUGCGCGCCCUAGGCCGACCUCAUCUCGCCGAGGACUGGAUCGCCGCAGGGUAAGCAAGCUUUGCUAGACAUCGUGGGUGUUCUUCAAACACAUGUGCGUUAGGUUAGGUGAUGCCUGAGAGGGAAGAAGCACCUGUACCUCCACCAGAUUCACCACGUGAGGAGGAGGACGCCGCCGCCGCCGCCGUCCCAGUUGCUUCCGUUGCCUCUUCCUCCUUCGGCUCCGAUCACAAGGAAGACAGCGGCUCCAGGCAGACCAAGGCCUCCAUCCUGUCCGGCGUCUUCACGCCCCCUUUUGCCUUAUUCGAGGGCCAGCAGCAGGAGCAGGACUCGUCGUCGUCGUCGCCGGCGUGCGACGCCAUAUCGACAAAGUCGUCCUCAGGGUCCUAUGCUUGGUCUAGGAUUCUGAGGAGGUUCGUAGGCAGCAGCUCGAUGUGGCGUCUUCUGGGCUGCGCCAAGGUUCUGACCUCCAGUGAUGUGUGGUUCCUUGGUAAAUGCUACAAGGUGUCACCUGAGGAAGAGGAGUCUGGCGACGGCCAUGCUGCGUUUCUGGAAGAUUUCUCUUCCAAGAUAUGGAUCACCUACCGGAAAGGCUUUGAUGCAAUAUCUGAUUCCAAGCUGACUAGUGAUGUGAACUGGGGAUGCAUGGUUAGAAGCAGUCAGAUGCUGGUUGCUCAGGCACUGAUUUUUCACCAUCUUGGAAGAUCUUGGAGAAAGCCCCCGGAGAAGCCAUACAACCCAGAUUAUAUAGGGGUCUUACACCUAUUUGGUGAUUCUGAAGCUUGUGCUUUCUCUAUUCACAAUUUACUUCAAGCUGGAAGGAAUUAUGGUCUGGCUGCUGGAUCAUGGGUGGGUCCAUAUGCUAUGUGCCGGGCAUGGCAGACCCUUAUCCGCACAAAUAGAGAGCAAGCUGGUGCUGUCAAUGGGAAGGAAAAUUUCCCUAUGAUUCUUUAUGUGGUUUCGGGUGAUGAAGAUGGUGAAAGAGGUGGAGCUCCAGUUGUUUGCAUCGAUGUUGCUGCUCAGCUUUGCUCUGAUUUCAACAAAGAACAAUCUACAUGGUCACCUAUUCUUUUGUUAGUUCCUCUGGUUCUUGGCCUCGACAAAAUUAAUCCAAGGUACAUCCCAUUACUAAAGGAGACGUUUACGUUCCCACAAAGCUUGGGCAUUUUAGGUGGAAAACCUGGGACGUCAACAUACAUUGCUGGCGUACAGGAUGAUAGGGCCCUCUACCUAGAUCCCCACGACGUUCAGAUGGCAGUUGACAUUGCACCGGAUAACUUGGAGGCAGACACUUCGUCGUACCACUGCAGUGUUGUCCGAGAUUUGGCUCUAGAACAAAUAGAUCCCUCCCUGGCUAUUGGUUUUUACUGUCGUGACAAAGACGACUUUGAUGAUUUCUGUUCUCGGGCCUCUGAGUUGGCAGAAAAGGCCAAUGGAGCGCCACUCUUUACUGUUGUGCAGUCAAUCGAGCCAUUGAAGCAAAUGUAUAAACAAGAUGAUGGGCUGGGCUGUUCUGGCAGUAGCAUGGGCAACGACGAUGACCUUGAUGGCUCUGGAGAAGCAGAGGAGUGGCAGAUCCUCUAAACAAGGCGAACACCGAUGACAUGUUGGGCUGAAAAACUUGCAUCGAACACAUUGUCUGAAUUGCCUUGUUUGCGUGUGAAUACAGGGGAUUAUUUGUGAUGACAGGGUGUCGUUGGGUGCCAGCGUCCCUUAGGAGGAAAUGUUCAAAACGUUACAGGUGGAAAUGUUCAAAAACAUACACUUGUGGAUGAUCAUAACUAUAUGUAUUUAUUAUUCCAUAUUCUAACACCA